CUCAUAGGGCUGCAUUGCUAAUUCUAGGUCAAGCAGCUACAUGGCAGUCUCUCUCUGAUAUAGGCUUAUAGGCUAGACAUACGCGGAGAGCAUGAACCAUCCUUCCCCGGUCCAUUUCAUGCUUCAUCCCCACCAAGACGGGAUGGGAUUUUCAUACCACCCUCAAAAAAUUGUCCGUGGCCAAGAGCAUGCGCUAAAGAUUUUCCAGGCAGCGGGUUGAUAGAUAUAAAGCGUCAUCUGGCCCCGAAUGUUUUUAAUUUUGAACCGUCCUAUUCUUCUUCUAAGCCACCAUGGCGGAAUCUCAUCUCAAUCGUCAGGCUUCUUCCAUCUCUUAUACGUAUGACAACCUGACGGGAUGGAGGCGACUGCGCCCCUUGCGCCUCUUCCGGGGUAUGUAUCACGAUGUACGCCGUCGUCUGCCAUACUACUGGAGUGAUAUCCGCGAUGCCCUCACCUACCGCACCAUUGCUAGUACCAUUCGAAUGUAUUUUGUCAACAUCCUCCCCGCCAUUGCCUACACGUUGGAUAUGUAUCGCCGCACCGGCGAGUUCUACGGCAUUAACGAGGCGUUGUUCUCGUCUGCGUUGGCUGCCAUGAUCUUUAGCCUUCUAGGCGCUCAGCCGCUCACCAUCGUCGGCAUCACAGGUCUAAUAUCGUUAUUCAACUACACGAUCUAUGAUAUUGUCAUCCAGUACAGGCCAGCCAUAUACCCAAACUUCAUGUGCUGGACCGCCAUCUGGGCUGCCGUCUUCCAUUGGAUUGUCGCUGUCUGCAACCUCUGCGAUUACAUGCGCUAUGUUACAGACUUUUCGUCCGAGUCUUUCGGUGCUUAUGUGGGGAUUAUCUACUGCAUCAAAGGAGUGGAGGAGCUGGUGAAUGAAUUUACGGAACAUGGCUCAACCGCCGGAUUCAUGAGCUGUAUGAUUGCCAUUCUCUAUUUCCUGACGAUAUACAGCCUGGAGAUGCUGGGAUCCAGCACAAUAUGUCGGCCGUGGUUCCGGGGGCUGCUCGCUGAUUACGCCUAUGUGAUUGGUACCAUCUUCUGGGUUGGUUUCUCGCACAUCCCAGGGAACCUGAAAUCCACGCAAAUUUCUUUUGUCCCCACCAGUCGGGCUUUCUACCCUACCCAGCCCCGCGGCUGGCUGAUUCAUUUCUGGGAGCUCGACAUGAAAUGGGUCUUUGCUGCAUUGCCAUUUGGGUUUCUGGUGAUGCUACUUUUCUACUAUGACCAUAAUGUUAGCAGUCUCACCGCACAGGCGAGGCAAUUCCCCCUGAAGAAACCGGCCGGAUUUCACUGGGACUUUUUCCUCCUUGGCUGCACGACGUUUCUGGCGGGAAUGACCGGUAUCCCCAUGCCGAACGGACUAGUUCCUCAGGCACCAGUACAUACCGACUCUCUCACCAUCUACGAAACCGAACUGUGUCUUGUCGGGACAGAAGAAGGUGAAGGCGUCGAGCUCCGUCGACCCAUAGUCAAAGCCACUGCCGUAGUGGAGCAGCGUGUCUCGCAUUUUCUCAUGGGGCUGGCAAUCAUCGGCACCAUGACGGGCCCGUUGCUGAUCGUGCUCCAUACCAUGCCCGCCGCCGUCUUUGCAGGCGUCUUCUUCAUCGUCGGCUGGGGCUCCAUUGAAUCAAACGGUAUGCUGCAGAAGACGAUCUUCCUCCUGCGCGAGAACCGCUUCAUCCAGCGGGAUGAGCCGCUACUGCGAGUGAAGCGGAGGAAGAUACUACUGUAUAUCUCUUGUCAGGCGAUUGGAGUGGCUGCGUGCGUGGCUAUCUCGCAAACGAUUGCUGCCAUUGGCUUCCCCAUUCUUAUCAUCGCGCUUAUCCCUUUCCGUGUCUGGACUAUUCCGAAGUGGUUCAGUCAGGAGGAGCUGGAUAUCUUGGAUGACUUGACGGCGAAUAACACUGCCGUUUUGGCGAGCCUAGGUGGUCCUCCGCGAUUCCCUAAUGCAAAGGAACAACACUAUGGUUUGGAACGCAGUUACUCCGAGCAUAGAAGGGGGUCUUAUCGCCAACGUGCUGGGAGCAUUCAUCGCUAGGGUGUGUAUUAAGCUGGAAUGAAAGGCAAGCGUGGCCAGAGUAUCGGAAGAUACCGCAUGCGGCCAAGUGCAGAAUGGAUCUUGUGACCUCCAGGAAUACAUAUCAUGAAGAUGGCGAUGGGCGUAAUGUCUCUGCCAGCUACAGCUAUAUAUGUCUGGUAACGAUGUGCAUGUUAGCGGGCAGGAAGUAUUACAAAAAAUAGGAGAUAAGGGGAUUGACCGCCGACCAAGGGGCUGGGUUCCACAACUGAAAAGAAUGAGUGCAGUGAAUGAGCGACGAAGAAUGAAGGGAUCUCCUAUUUAUAUUCACAAGGACAAUGACUGGUUACCAUCGUUGCCUCAACAUUCUUUCCAGACCUCCUUGCUGACAUUGUGAACUGGUGUUGAGAUUGUCGAUACAGUAGCGGCAACGGCCGAGGUAUGACC